AUGCCGGCCCCCAAACCCCCAAAGUCGUUGAAAAAUUCGUGCACCGUCGUAUAUGAUGGCACACUAUACUCAUACUCACCUGAAGGCUUCAUGUCCAUUCGUCUCGAGGACGGUGCGAAAUGGAAGACACUCGACACUGGCGUAAAGGUAACUGGUGCAACUUGUGUUGGCAGUGCCAAACCGAAAAAUAUUGAUCCCGCCUUCUUCGUGGUCGGUGGCCAGGCAGACUCCGACGCCUAUCCUGGCUUACAAAAAUAUACGUAUUCGACUGGAAAGUGGACGACAAUCACACCGACAAAUAUGGUCACCAAACACCGACAAUGGCACUCAACCACAUAUAUCGAAGCAACUGACACAAUCAUGGUAUUCGGCGGCAACCAAGAUGGAAAGUCCGGCCCGUCGGCAGACACCUUUAUCAUCCAGGCUUCAGAACCCUACACAGUCAGCCAACCCCCGGCGGUCCAGGCACCAAAUAAACCCCCGGCCAGCCUUCGACCGAUUCUUACCAAGGCCACCGUUGCCGAUGUUGUUAUGGUUGGAGGCGGCCACGGUGCUGACAGCACCAAGGUGUACUGGUAUAGUGUUGGAGGUAACUGGCGAUACACCGACAUAAGUUUGGCUGAGCCUAUUCAAAAGGACACACAGUCAAUACAAGGAAUAGUCGUCUCCGGGCAGGAUCAGUUGAAGAGCCUGAUAUUGUUCGACAUGAGCCAAUCACCCAACAAAGUUUCUCGGGUCGUCUUGCAGGAUGCAAGUGGAAAGCCAAUGACAAAUUCAAAAAUUAUCACAUCCCGCCAUCUCGGUAUCUCAUCAGAGGACAAGCGUCAACAGACUGCAGACAAUUGGCCACAGUACAACUCAACUUUAGCACCGAAGGAAACAAGGGAAAAUUUUGCCAUGGCUGAAGGGCCCAAUGGCACGGUCAUCUUUUCCGGCGGCAACGAUGACAGCCCUAUUGCCAUUUUUGACGCAACAAACAAUGGCUGGAUCAACGCUACUUCCUUCUUCAGCAGCGAACAAAAAGUUCUCUCGACCACCUCUACAACCUCUUCAGCAGCCUCCACCUCUACGAUAUUCACAUCAACUUCUACCACGUCUUCGGCUGCGGUUACUUCCACCGCAGCGGGAACUUUGCCUCCACCGCCCGACAAGCCAGAGGACUCAGGACCAAGUUCCAAUGCCAUUCUCGGUAUUACGUUGGGUUCCAUUGCGGGCUUCCUUGCACUGCUUGGUCUCAUUCUGCUUCUCCUUCGGCGGCGCAAGAAGCAACUUGGCCACACGGAGGCAGGCCGGCCAAGCCAUACCCCAUCAGAAGAAAAAGACAUGUCAACCUUCAACAAGAGCACGUUCUCUGCCGCAGGACAUCUCAGAGGACACCGGCCACAGGCAUCGGCUGAAUCAUAUUCCUCUGUUGCCAUUCUCAUGGGACGGAUGAAUAAAGAGAAGUCUGGAUUGACCAGGAAACCAAGCAAUGAUACUGCUCGCAGCUCUGUAAGCUCUUUGCACAAGCAAUUCAAAAGCACAAUCAGCAAGCCUAUUCCUCAGAGUAUGGUGCAUCCCGCUUUACAGGCUCAUGAUGAGCGUGGCGUAGCAUUUGCCCCAUCGGUAGCAGAGCCGCGUCCCCGGAACGGUCCCAUGGAAGCCAGUGACGGUAUGCGUCGAAGCUCCGGGUGGAAUCGAUAUUGGUCUGGUGGUAGUGCCCUCCAAAUCCUUGGGUUUGGCAAUGGAAAACGAAACACCAUGACAUCUGAACAGAGUUCUCGUUACUCAGAAGCAACCAACAACCCUAGAGUUACACAAGACUCUGCAACGGUACCUCCACUGAAUUUUGAAGGGCGACCUGCUGUGAACAGUGUUAAUUCUGGCAGUCCGGUGGUUGCCCAAUAUACGAGCAAGAUGCCUUUCACAGAAGGCAUGUCAGGGACGAUUGAGAGACCUGUUUCUCCAGUAUCCUCAGGGUAUUCUAGCGGCAUCCCGGAAAGUAUCAAUGAGAUAUGGGAUCCCAAGGAGGCCAAUAAGCCGUGGGGUGCCAAUCGCGCCCCGAGCAGCGCAUACGGGCCAGCCUCGUAUAGGGGUUCAGAAGCUCCUGGCGGCGCUUCGGGGUCGACGCCCCCUUCAGGCGUGAGCAAGCAGCCGCAGUUGGCAAUGGCAUCCACGUCUGAUAUGAGCUGGCUCAACCUUGGGGAUCAAUCUCGGGUUUAA